ACAAUCCAACUUGCUUGAUGUAGGGCAGCUGUGGGUUUUGGACUCUGUUCCAGGGAAAGUGGGCCGUGAAAAUAGUGAUGGAGAAGUUGAGAAAGUUUUGCAUACCUUGAAGAGCUUACCUUCAUCUAUACCAUCACGAAAGUGAAGUCUAUAUCUUAAAGAAUUCUAAUGCAGGAUACAUGUCUAAUAUAGGACUUAAAAGCAUGCUAGUAGGUGUACACCAAAUAAUGUAUACCAUCCAAAUUUUGUACUAUACAGACCUAACUCCUCGUUUGUGUCGCACAAACACAACUCAUCUGUACAAUCACACUUCGUCUCUGUCGCAGAUGAUAGUCUGUGAAGUAUAACUUUUGGUUGGUGUACACUUGGUGUACAAAUGGAAUUUUAUAGGAAUUAAGAUCACUUACUUGAAUGUGCUUUAUCAUAAAAGAGUCAUUAUUUACAAUAUUUUAACUUUGGGUAAAGAAUGGACUAAAUCAAAACUACAUUAAAGUUCCCUUUCCUUUUUACUUUCUAUGAGGUUUUGGGCGGUAAAGAAAACAACCUCUCUGGCUUUUAUAGGGGGUGAGGUUGCGUAUGUCUUGACCCCCACACCCCACUACACCCCACCGGAGUUGUGUUAUACUGAGCUUGUUUGUUUGUUGCCACUUGAAUGUGCUACUUUAUAUAACUCACAUGUGAACUAGUCCAGUAAACCAUCACAAAGUACUUGUAUUCGAGAUUUUGCUGACUCAACUCUGAGGAUCAUCCUUUAUUUUCAUUGACAUUUGUGUGCAUAGAGAGUCAACGUUCAUGAGAAUAUUUAUUUUAACACCUCCCAAAUGUUGCACCCUCGUUUGAACGAUUGCACAAACCAAGUUGGCAUCUCCGUUGCUCUAACCUCUCCGCCUCUUUCCAAAUGUGUUUAGUUCUUAUUAGAUGAAAGUGUGUCUUGUUCCCAGAUGGUUGGUGGAUUACUUGUUGGAGCAUGGGUUUUCAAAGGCACUAUCAGAUUGGCUAGGCAGCAACCUCAAGAAAUCGGGAGAUGAAAUGACUUGGACAUUCAAUAUAGAUGCUGCUUUCCAAAUGUUCAAUUCUUACUGGGAGACGGAUUAUUGGCCUUUAUUGGAGCAUCCACCCAAAUGUACAGAGAUAUCCAUCGUUCGUGCAGAGAAAAGCGACCGGUGGGAACCUGAGGUAAUCGAUCGGCUGCAAAGCCUUGCAAGCAGAAAAGCCAAUGAAGGUGAAGGCAAGUUCUCUUAUCAUGUUCUCCCAGAUUCUGGUCAUUGGGUUCAUGUUGAUAAUCCCAAUGGGCUCCUCCAGAUCGUUGCUCCAAAAUUGGCCACCCUGGUUUAGCAACUUCUCUUCUGUCAUUGAUGGAUCCCUGCACUAAAAUUUGUACUCUCUCUGUUUGAAAAAACAGGUUCACCUUCAUUUUUAACUCAUCCCAGAAAACACUUCUCUGCACACCUAAAAUGUAUAAAAUACACCCCAUUUCUCCUCUAUUGCGGGUAGAAAUUAUUUUGGGGGUAUUUUAGACAAUUAGAUGGGGUAGAAGUGUUUUGUGGGGUGCACAAAAAAUAGAGAUGGAACUCGGGGGGAGUAUUUUUUUUUUCUCAGAAAAGAGACAUUUUCGAUUCUUUCACCAAUUGAUGAAUGCCCCGUGCCAUUCCACGCCUGCGGGCAACAAGUGUAAGUGGUUCAGGAGCAUCCAUUUUGAAAUAACUCUGAUGAGCUAUUGUAAUGGUUUCUUGUUAUGCACCUAAUUUAAUAAGAUGAUAGAACAUUG